CCACGGCUGUUUGAAGCCUGAAACUCAAACAUGGCAGCACCAUCUUCUCAAGGAAGGACGGCCGACCAGGCAGACCAGACGUGCACCUUCCUCCUCAAAAAGUCUGGACGUAAAGGGGCUGCAGGCCUCAGAAAGCGCCCGGCCUGCGACCCCGAGCGCAGAGAUAGCAGCAGCAGCGGGGACGAGGGUGACGUGGUGGCUAGGCCCCCGCGGGUGGCACCGAGGCCCCGGGGCCUCCAUGUCUGGCAGAAGGCGGCUCACUGCGACCUGAGGAGCGAGGAGGCAGCACCCGAGAGCCUCGGCGUGGUAUACAGGUCCACCCGCUCGGCAAAGCCGGUAGGGCCAGAAGACAUGGGGGCCACCGCUGACUUCGAGCAGGACACCGAGAAGGAGCGCGAUACACAGGCCAUCUUCAAGCGCAGCCAGCGGUUGCAGGAGGCACUGCGGGGCCGGGAGCACGACCAGAUCUACCGGGGAAUCCACAACUACCCAAGGUACCUGAAGCCCAAGGACACAUCCAUGGGCAACACCUCCUCAGGAAUGGCGAAGAAGGGCCCCAUCCGUGCGCCGGGGCACCUGCGCGCCACCGUGCACUGGGAUUACCAGCCCGACAUCUGCAAGGACUACAAGGAGACCGGCUUCUGCGGCUUCGGGGACAGCUGCAAAUUCCUCCAUGACCGUUCUGAUUACAAGCAUGGGUGGCAAAUUGAACAGGAGCUGGAAGAGGGCCGCUACGGUAUCUGCGAGGACGAAAACCAUGAAGUGGGAAGCGAGGAAGAGGAAAUGCCAUUCAAGUGUUUCAUAUGUCGCCAGGCCUUCCAAAACCCAGUGGUCACCAAGUGCAGGCAUUAUUUCUGCGAGAGCUGCGCGCUGGGGCAUUUCCGGGCCACCCCGCGCUGCUACGUUUGCGACCAGCCGACUGGCGGCAUCUUCAACACGCCGACUGGCGGCAUCUUCAACACGGCCAAAGAGCUGAUGGCGAAACUGCAGAAGCUUCGGGCUACAGAAAGUGGGGAAAAGUCCCAUUUCACAGAAGACCCCGAUGAGGGUAAAAUUCCCAUGGCUUAGGUUUCCGAUAAUUCUCACACUUAAAAAUACACUUUGUUGUUUUUUAGGAAAAAAGAGAUGAGAAAGACUCAAGUCUUUCAAGACACUGGGGAGAAGCGGCCUGCUGAGGAAGAUUAGAGAUGACAGCCCUCCUGUGAUCCCACUCCUGGGUAUGUAACAGUAAAAACUGAAAUCCGGAUCACAGAGAGGUAUUUGCAUUCCCAUGUUAACUGCAGUGUUACUGGCAAAAGCCAAGAGGUGUAAACAACCCAAGUAUCCAGGGAUGGAUGAAUGGACACACACAGUAUCAUACAUACAGACAGACAGCCUGAACAGGAAGGAUAUCCUUUUAAAGAUUUAAACGGAUCCUUUUAAGAAUCACAUGCUACAAGUUGAAUGAACCUUGAAGACAACACUGUGCUAAGUGAAGGAAACUAGUCACAAAGAGACAAAUAUAUUGUAUGAUUUCACUGAUAUAAGGUAUCUAGGGUUGUCAAAAUUACAUAAAAAGAAAGUAAAAUGGUCGUUUCCAAGGGGCUAGGAGGAGCAGGAGUGGCGAGUUGUUUAAAAUGGGCACAGAGUUUGAGCUUUGCAAGAGAAAAAAUUUAUAAAGCUCUGUUACACAUAAAUAUGUAUAUAGUUAAUACAAGUGAACACAAAAAUGGUUAAGAGGGUAAAUUUUAUGUUUUGUACUACAAUUUAAAUUUUUUUUUUUUUUUCAAAAAAGCUAAAACAAAAGAGGUAUCUGAUAGGAGGAAUGACGGAACCAAGACUGGGAGGAAUGGGAGAGGAUGGGGUUCAAGAGUUAGUAAAAGAGCACAUAAGGGAUAUCAGUUAAGAACCGGGCCGGGCGCGGUGGCUCAAGCCUGUAAUCCCAGCACUUUGGGAGGCCAAGGUGGGUGGAUCACAAGGUCAAGAGAUCGAGACCAUCCUGGUCAACAUGGUGAAACCCCGCCUCUACUAAAAAUACAAAAAAUUAGCUGGGCAUGGUGGUGCGUGCCUGUAAUCCCAGCUACUCGGGAGGCUGAGGCAGGAGAAUUGCCUGAACCCAGGAGGCGGAGGUUGUGGUGAGCAGAGAUCGCACCAUUGCCCUCCAGCCUGGGUAACAAGAACGAAACUCAGUCUCAAAAAAAAAAAAAAAAAAGAAAAACCAAGGAGGGGAGGAGUUGACAGAAGAAUAUCCAGACCUAAGUUUGGAUUUGAUUUCGUUUGACUGAUGUUAACAUCCUCUCACUUAAAAUGACAACAUAUUCCUCUCCCAAGACAAACACCAACAGAUCUGCAUUGAGUUCCUCACAGCUGAGUUCCUUACAAGAAACGGACUCAGAUUAUGUAAAUUUUCAUAAAAGCCUAUCUCAUAUUUCAACUUCGGCUGUGAAUUCCUUGAAGGCUGGAACCAUGUCUCACAUACUUCCUGUUUUUGAAUGGCCAACGGGUAUCUCAAUAAAAAGUCCGUGGAAAGUCAAUCAAACCAAGCAACCUAGCAGUUGGCUACCCAAGCAUCUGCUGCAGAGCGAACGUCAGCAAAACUUUCCACUUCACUUUGAUCUUGAACCACGCCCAUCCACCCACCCACCACCAUGGCCAGGUUCUAGUCACAGGCAGAGCAGUGAUUGAGGGCACAGACCCAGGAGUGAGACAGGAUUCAAGUCAUAGUUCUACCAGUUACAGCUGCAUGAACCUUGGGUAUGUUACUUUACCUCUCUGUGCCUCAGUUUCCUCAUAAGUAGUAUCUAUCUCACAGGGUUGCUUUGAAGUGAAAAGUAGCAAACUAUUUAGAAGAGUGCCUGACAUACAGUAUGUGCUGUAAACAUAUAAUUCAAGCAGAGAAAAUGGCAACUUGAUAGUCGAUAAGGUAGACAGUUCAAGUGUCCCAUAAAAGUGAGCCAUGUAUUCUGGCAUUUCACAUAGAGCUUUCUCUAAGAAUUGUCCUUGCCAAAGCUAACAACACAAAGCUCGUGUACAAUGACUUACUGGGCCCUCCCCCUAAGUCGCUUCAUUUUUGUCAGUUCUGUCAAAGGGCUAUUUUAUUCACUUUCAAGCCUUCCAAAAACAUUUAGAAUCUGCACAAAAGAAGAAAUAUGAAACAUGCAGGCACUCUGAAGCAGAAACUAAGCUCCGGCUCCAGCAUUUUCCUCACAAGGCUCACUUGAGUUUCUUUACAAUGAUUCAUGUGUGUUUCAGACCUCCCCCCAAUAGACACCAGACUCAGCUACACCUGUGAACCUUGUCGACAAAUGCUCCAAGUCACCAACCUUUUGAAAACAUUCCAAAUAUACACUAAGAUAUAUAGUUCUUACUCCAUUUUUAAAAUGACAGAAUAAGGUUCGUGAUCGAUCAUUUGCAAAAAUUAAGCAGAAAGGCGAUCACUGCCAUUGCUAAACUUGGCAAUUUGGUUUACUAACAUAGAGUGUUAAAAUCUGCUAACAUUUUUGGCCAGUUUCCUUCCAGUCUUUUUCUGUAUAUUUUUCACAUUAAUAUAUGAAACAAACAUUCUGAAGUUGGAAGGAAAGCAGCAAGCAGGACUGCAGGGAGUGCACACAUUCGCUGGGAGCUGAGUCCUUCCCAUCAGCACACUCCAAGGUCACAACGCUGGAGCGACCCCUCAGUCUUUUGCUGAAAUAGCAGAGAACAGGGAUGAGGGCAGUUCCCCAUCAGCACUGCACCACCCUACACAGCACACUGCUGGGGAAUUGAAGAGCAGUGUGAGGCCAGCUGGCUUUCAAAGUCAGCAUCGUGGUUACCGCACUUUAUCCUGUCUGGACUGGGUCCCACCACAUCACACCCCAUCCCGAUCCUUUCUGUCAGAAGAACACAUCAGCCAGGCUGCAGUUAAGCAGCAACUGACUUGACCUUUUUUCUGCUCACUUUAGGCACACGUAAUGGUUAUUAAGUCCUUCUGAAUCAACAUGAGCAAUGUGAGAAAAAUAUGGCAAAACCAAACAAUGCUUUGAUGUUUUCAUUAAUUUGCAUGGACUUAACGGAGGCAGCUCCAGUCCCCCUCCCCAUGACGGCGAGUUUCUGGUUAGGGCUUCUGAAAUCCUGAAAAUGCCUCACAGGCCUGCACUCCAGGGUCACAAAGCCCCUAUGAUUCCAAAGACUCCAGGCAGAGAGGCAAAAACCUAGAGCACAUGAAAAUCGAAACCUGAACACAUUGUACUCAGAUUGAUUAAUAUCUUGAAAUAUACAAAAUUCCUUCUAAGGAAUUUUCAUAAGUACCACCUAAAAUUGAAGAAAACAGGAACAUUUUCCUGUUGACUUUUUCUGUGUGCCAACUGCCCAUAAAAAUUCCUCUCCUGUUUUGCAAGGACAGAACUCUCAAGAACAAAUGACCUAAUUAAACCUGAGAUUUCCUGGCUGAGAGCUAUGUAGAAGGCUGAAAUGCACUGAAAUGAUGCUGAAUUUGAAAAGAGCUCUGUGCCAAACCGAUGCAGUGAAUUUUUUGAAGUACAUAUCCAAUGCUGGAGCUAAAAAGCAUGAGAAAGACAGACAUCCUUAACUACUUUUAUUUAUGAAGCAACCAGAAUGUGUCCCCACUUAUCUACUGCACAUUUUUCAAAAUGUGAUUAUACCACACUGUGAAUGUAUCUUUUUGACACAUUCCAUUGGUCUGCCUUUGCUGUUGGGUUGUUGCCAUUGCAGUACAAUAGCGUGAAUCUGCCGUCUCUCAUCCGAGCUUUCAGCAAUGUGCUGUUAUCUCAUAUCUCCUUGGACUCUAGACUCCCACCCCCACUGAUUUGCACAGAUGUUCAAGGAGAAAGAAUUCCUUUUUUCUUUAAAUGAAUGUCAAGGGCCUGGCAAAAUCCUGUACUAAGAAAUACAGAAGUCAGCACUCUUGAAAAGCUGGUUAUUAGCUCACUUCCUUCUCUCUCCAGCUUUUCCACUUGCAAAAAAAUAAAAUGGAAACUAUCAUACUUGCCCAAGGUCUAAAAUAAACCAGGAAGUGGGCAGGUUAAGGUCUAACAGGUAACUUUUCUCUGCUCCUGUCUGUUGAACGUUAAGGAACUGUUCGUUUCAUGUAUUAUAAUGGUGCUGUACUAGAGGCAGCUCUGUGAUUUUCAUUUUUUUGGCUAUAACCCCUGGGGAGGUGAGGUCAUGGGGAAAUUCCAAGGGGGUCAAGGAGACCAGAAACCUAGCUGGUCACAUAACUGCUCAGUGGCACUGACGGAGACCAGCCCCAGCCCUGGUGCCAACCCCCAUGAUGCCCUAUUUUCAGAGCUCUGCUGAUCCUGCCAGUUUCUCCUGCCUUCCAAGCACUCUGUGCCAAUGGCCACUGAGACCUCCCUAAGCAGCAGAAAUGAAGUCAGUCUCCACACCCUGGUGUCUGGAGGACUCCCACUGAGAAAAGUCUCAUUCACAGCUAAUCAGAACUAGAAUUCUCAUACAUUUUCCUAUCCCGCCCAACAAACAGCAAAGUGCAGAAAAAGAACAGCCGGAUUUCCAUGGCCCUGCAUCGUCAGUGACAUCUUCUCUUUGUUACCAUCCAGAAGAGAACUGCUGCACUGCUAUGACGCUGCCAGACACCCCCAGGGCACAACAUCUGCAGUCAGAGACUUAGAGCAAAACAAAACCAAACCUCAGGCUGAAUUAGAUUUUCUGUGAGAUAAGAAAUAAAAUGAGAUAUAGAAAUGUGACCGAAACCUGUGUGCAGGUACAUGCAGGGGCGCAAGUCUGAAUGGUCAACUCAAAAACGUCAUUCACACUCUCAUGCGAGUUCAGAGUGUAUCAGGGAGGGAGGUUUUAAGGAAAUCAUAUAAAUUAGACUAAUCCAUGAAUAUCUGACUGAAUCUGCACCCUUAGAAAAUAAAAAUUUCAAGCCGAGGCAGGUGGAUCAUGAGGUCAAGAGAUCGAGAUCAUCCUGGACAACAUGGUGAAACCCCAUCUCUACUAAAAAUACAAAAAAUAGCUGGGCGUUUGGCAUGCGCCUGUAGUCCCAGCUACUUGGGAGGCUGAGGCGGAAGAAUCGCUUGAACCCGGGAGGCGGAGGUUGCAGUGAGCAGAGACUGUGCCACUGUGCUCCAGCCUGGCAACACAGCAAGACUCCAUCUCAAAUUUAAAAAAAAAUAAAUUUAAUAAAAAUAAAAAUUUUGCACCAUUGUUUAACAGUGUAGCUCUGGUAUGAUUACUGCCGUUACAGUAAGUUUUUAAACUGUCUUAUUUUAUACCUUAGUAAAAUAAAAUGGACUUACAGUUAAACAUGGCAGAUUAACCACAUGCCUGUUUGCAUACCAAAAAGCCUAUAAAAAUUACAGUAAACAUACUUAUUUUAAGAGGACCAUACACACACACACACACACACACACACACAGCAGCAGGAACAAGAGCAGAUGAGAGAUUAUACUGGCAUUUGGGUGAUGGAAAGCAAGAGGGGUCUGUAAUGAUUUGUAUCAUAAGUGAUGCUCAGAGAUUUCCAACAAAAUAGUCCAAAGCCCAAGAGGCUCAUGCUGAAGGGGAGGGGAAAAGGUGUGGGGAACAGAGGGUGCGAGUCAUUAUACGAAGAGGCUAGAUCUUUGCAUCCAGGGACCUUCUCCUACCUGCCCCAACCCCCAAAGAAGUGUAUUACCCAAAGACAUUGCACCAGGAAGGUUAGAAACUCACAUACACCAGGCACAAUGAUAAAGAGGGUGUGUGUGUAAUUCAUGGCUGAAAAUGAGGCAUGGGGUGGCGGGAACUGAGGAAGAAUCAGUCUACUUACUGU